AUGGUGUUUUGUUCAGGUUGUGGUACUGAAUACGUCCACAACGCAAAGUUUUGUCAUAAGUGUGGCAAAAAAGCAUCACAAAUUGCAGUUCCUAACGAUAUAAACGACGACACUUCAGUUUCAACUGGAAGCGGGACAACUACCAGCGCCUCUACUAGUCAGUCAAAUGAACACCGAACCACUUCUGACAGAUCUGGAUCAUCACGCCUAUCAUUCAGCGCUUAUCGCAUGAAGAAAGAACAGGAACGAUCAUCAUGUUCACCUAAAGGACCUAUGGCGAAGAAGUCGAAGAAAGCCGCCUCAAAAAACACAACUGUAGAGGUGAAAGUUAAUGUGGGUAUCAUGACAUUGAGAGAUGGAAG